AAGGCUCGCGGUUGGCUUGGGGGGACGGACGCGAGCUCUGGUUGGUGGAGGUGAGGUCACGAGGACACCUUCGUCGCCUUUCCAGAGGCGAUUACUGGGCAGGCUCAGUCUUUUGCCUCAGACGCUAGCGGUAGCUGGCAGGCGGUUGUACGUGCUCCAGAGCCUUCACUACCCGCCACUGCAGUCGGCUUCGCGUGGUUCCACUAAGCUCUUUUGAGCUGCUCGCUCUCCACCCGCGCCGUCGCCAUAAUCCGCCAUCAUGGUGAAACUCGCAAAGGCCGGCAAAACCCACGGUGAGUCCAAGAAAAUGGCUCCUCCCCCAAAGGAGGUGGAAGAAGAUAGUGAAGAUGAAGAAAUGUCAGAAGAUGAAGAUGACAGCAGUGGAGAAGAGGAGGUGGUUGUCCCUCAGAAAAAAGGCAAAAAGGCUACCACAACUCCAGCAAAGAAGGUGGUUGUUUCACAAACAAAAAAGGCUGCAGUUCCCACACCAGCUAAGAAAGCAGCUGUUACCCCAGGCAAAAAGGCAGCAGCCAUACCAGCCAAGAAAGCUGUUACACCAGCCAAAGUAGUUCCAACACCUGGUAAGAAGGGAGCCGCACAAGCAAAAGCAUUGGUACCAACUCCUGGUAAAAAGGGAGCUGUCACUCCAGCCAAGGGGGCUAAGAACGGUAAAAAUGCCAAGAAGGAAGACAGUGAUGAGGAUGAAGAUGAAGAAGAUGAAGAAGAUAGCGAUGAGGAUGAAGAUGAAGAUGAUGAGGAAGAGGAAGAGGAUGAAUUUGAGCCACCAGUAGUAGUAAAAGGAGUGAAGCCAUCAAAAGCAGCUCCUGCAGCUCCUGCCACUCCUGCCUCAGAGGAUGAAGAAGAUGAGGAAGAAGAUGAAGAGGAUGAUGAAGAUGAUGAGGAAGAGGAUGAAGAUGACUCUGAGGAAGAAGUUAUGGAGAUCACACCAGCCAAAGGAAAGAAAGCUCCUGCAAAAGUUGUUCCUGUGAAAGCAAAGAGUGUAGCUGAGGAGGAGGAUGAUGAGGAAGAGGAUGAAGAUGAUGAUGAGGAAGACGAUGAGGAGGAGGAAGAGGAUGAGGAAGAAGAGGAGGAAGAACCUGUUAAAGCAGCACCUGGAAAACGGAAGAAGGAGAUGACCAAGCAGAAAGAAGCCCCUGAAGCCAAGAAACAGAAAGUAGAAGGGUCAGAGCCAACUACACCUUUCAAUCUGUUCAUUGGAAACCUUAAUCCAAACAAGUCGUUUGCUGAAUUAAAAGUUGCCAUCAGCGAACUUUUUGCUAAAAAUGAUCUUGCUGUUGUGGAUGUCAGAACUGGUACAAAUAGGAAAUUUGGUUAUGUGGACUUUGAGUCUGCUGAAGACCUAGAAAAGGCCUUGGAGCUCACUGGUUUAAAAGUGUUUGGCAAUGAAAUUAAACUAGAGAAACCAAAAGGAAGAGAUAGUAAGAAAGUUCGAGCUGCAAGAACACUUUUAGCCAAAAACCUCUCUUUCAACAUAACCAAGGAUGAAUUAAAAGAAGUAUUUGAAGAUGCCAUGGAGAUCAGAUUAGUCAGCCAAGAUGGGAAAAGUAAAGGGAUUGCUUAUAUUGAAUUUAAGUCUGAGGCUGAUGCCGAGAAAAACUUGGAAGAAAAGCAGGGAGCAGAAAUUGAUGGACGAUCUGUCUCACUCUACUACACUGGAGAGAAAGGACAAAGGCAAGAGAGAACUGGAAAGAAUAGCACUUGGAGUGGUGAAUCAAAGACUUUGGUUUUAAGUAACCUUUCCUACAGUGCAACAGAAGAAACUCUUCAGGAAGUAUUUGAGAAAGCAACAUUUAUCAAAGUGCCCCAGAACCCACAUGGCAAAUCUAAAGGGUAUGCAUUUAUAGAAUUUGCCUCAUUUGAAGAUGCUAAAGAAGCUUUAAAUUCCUGUAAUAAAAUGGAAAUUGAGGGCAGAACAAUCAGGCUAGAGUUGCAAGGACCCAGAGGAUCACCUAAUGCAAGAAGUCAGCCAUCCAAAACUCUGUUUGUCAAAGGUCUGUCUGAGGAUACCACUGAAGAGACCUUAAAAGAAUCAUUUGAGGGCUCUGUUCGUGCAAGAAUAGUCACUGAUCGGGAAACUGGUUCUUCUAAAGGGUUUGGUUUUGUAGACUUUAAUAGUGAGGAAGAUGCCAAAGCUGCCAAGGAGGCUAUGGAAGAUGGAGAAAUUGAUGGAAACAAAGUUACCUUGGACUGGGCCAAACCUAAGGGUGAAGGUGGCUUUGGUGGUCGAGGUGGAGGCAGAGGAGGUUUCGGAGGCAGAGGUGGAGGCAGAGGUGGAAGAGGUGGCUUUGGUGGAAGAGGCCGGGGAGGCUUUGGAGGCAGAGGAAGCUUCCGAGGCGGCAGAGGAGGAGGAGACUUCAAGCCACAAGGAAAGAAGACGAAGUUUGAAUAGUUCCUUCCAUCCCAUUCUUUCCCUCUUCAUUUUAAAGAAAGGACUCUGGGGUUUUUACUCUGUUACCUGUUCAAUGACAGAGCCUUUUAAGGACAUUCCAAGACAGUAAAGAUCCUAAACUCUGUUGCCAGACUUAAUACUUCCUAGAGGUUACAUUUGGAUCGUUGCUUAAGAGCUUGGCAAGACCAACUCUGCCCAGUGGGAGUUUGAGUUGUGUUCCUACUGCUUUCGAGAGUACCAGCUACAAAUACGAAAAUUGGUUGUUGGGGGGAUGGUUUCAUCAUGAUUUUGAUCUGGAGGAUUUAAUCUUAUUUGUACCUUAGAUGGGUGUGUACUGGACAAGUGUUCAAUAGAUCACAUGGAUCAGUGCUGGAAAUGCCAUACAAGAGCUUGUGUGAUACACACUUCUAUUCCCAGCACAAUAAGAACAGCACAGUGUAAUCUGAAAUGACCUGGACAAGUCACCAAUGGUGCCCAUUGGAUUGAAAAAUUGACACAGCCAGUAUGGUGGUACAUGCCUUUAACCCCAGCACUUGGAAGGGAGAGGCAGGCAGAUCUGGCUUUGAGGCCAGCCUGGUGUAUAGAGUGAGUUCCAAACAGGGCUGUUAGAGAAACAAACAAAUCCUGUCUUGAAAAACCAAGGGGAAAAAAAAAAGCUCACACGAGCAACCAAUAGGUACUCAGUGUCAAAACUGAGUACCAAACCUCAGCAGUUAGGUGGUAGUGACAUAAUCUAAUCCCAGAGGAAGCAAAGCUGAGCUGAGUUGCAGGAUAGUGACGGCUACAUAAGAGACCCUGUGUUGAAAAGGCCAAAAACAACCUUUCAAAUCUUAGAAAAGCUUUGGGAAACAGUUUGUAAGUGGCAGCUGGUUAUGACAUUCACUUAAUUGCAGAGAGGAAACUGGCCUUUUUUUGACUUCACUUAACAGGAAGUUUGUGUUGUUAGAGGUCCAGUAUAAUUAGGAGUACAUUGGCCCUUGGACUUUCAGUGGUCUAUCAAGGAUGUAUUACCAUACACUUUUUGUUUUUAGGGCAUAGGUGCCUAGCUAACCUUAAUAGAAACUGUUUCCUGUAGGUGUUUUUCCAUGUCCCACUCCUAACAAAUUGACUUUCAAGAAAGGCAAGUCUGCUAUUUGAGUCUUUUUCUCAACAAACCCAAAGACCCUCUGUAGGGUAGCUCUUAGAACCUGUCUGGUAGCUUGAGUAUGUGGUAUGACCAUUGCAGUCUCUCCUAAAAGUAAGGUAGAUGGGCACUAGAUUUGUUUGGUGGGGAGCCCUUGGUUCUGCUAGUUAAAAGUUAGUGGCUUGUAGCUGUGGGUAUCCAGCUGCCUUUAAUCACAGAAGGCAGACCAAUUUGAGGCUAGCUUGUAGAGUUCCAAAUAGCCAGGGCUACAUAGAAGACCCCAAGACAACACCAAAGAAAAUGGUACAGUUCUGGUGCUAAGCAGGCAUAUAAUUUUUGUGGAUUGUGGUGAUCUCCUGUACGGUCAUCAGGUUUACAGUUGAAUAGCUCCCCCUAAACUGGAGGGACUUAGCAGACAUUUUAGAAAAGCAGUAAGCACCCUUCCAGAAAUGGUGGUUUCCUUUUCUCAUUCUUCCAGCAGGUGGCAACAUAAGGGCAUGAGAACACCAAACUCAUCUGGUGGUAGAAUAGCCACAGCAUUGUGUAGAGGUCUUUAAAAAGCAGCAAAGCCUUUUAAAUAGCAAUAGCAGCCUGCUUUUAACUAUUUGACUAGCCUGUCAGUAUGGCUUAUUUCCUAAAUAUGCUAGUGAUUUGGGGUUGCCCAAUGUAGUUUUCAGUUUCCCUGCACCUGCCUGAACCUCUUAGGAACAAUAGGCAGAUGCUAGGGGCAUAGCUCUGACCCUAUACUGAGGUGGAAAGGAAGGGGAGAAGGCAAGAUUUUCUCCUUUUCUGUGGGUUUUGGCCUGCAUGUAUGGGUCCUGUAUGUAUGUAUGGUACCCAGAGGCUAGAAGGUGGGGGAGGUCAAAUUGUCUUGGAACUAGUUAAUAUUUCAGGACAGUACUGGGAAUUGAACUCGGACCUACUUAUAGAGUAGCAAGUACUCUUAACUGCUGAGCUAGCUCUGUAGCCCUAGGAUUAGCAUCUUGUAGGCUAACAUUCAGUUAAUGGUAAACCCUUUGCCAUGAAUAACAGUUCUCAAGGCCUUAAAUAGUUAAAAAAAAAAAAAAACCUAGUUUUGGAUGCUAUCUUCCAUUAAGUGCCUACUAAAUGCUAAGUUAAGAGAUGAUGGAACUGAUUCCAGGAAAUACUCAACAUUGUGAGGAACUGAUUCCAGGAAACACUCAACAUUGUAGGUGAGGACCUUUAGGCCAAUUAACCUGUGUGUUCUUAACAGGAUCUUUCUACCUUUUGAAGCAGGGUCUCUUCUGGGCUUCAUACUCUACAAGCUCCAAGUGCUUCUGGCAACAGUAAUGUGGAAAUGAGAAUGCACAUCAUUUCAGUGGUUUUUUAUCUGGGUUUUAGGGAUCCUGGUCAUCGGCUUCUCACUAAUCUUCAAGGCCACCAUCUUUAUUUUUGACAGUCUUUAGCCUGUGGCCAUCAUGGAACUCAAUAGGUAGAGUAGGCUGGUCUCAAGACUGUCAGCCUCUUGGGUGCUGACAUUAAAGGCACACCACCAUGUCAGACUCCAUUAUAUAGAGACACAUUAAUAUUAGAUAAUAGACUGAGGCCCGUUUUAAUCCUUUGAAAAAGCCAACUCUGGGUUGGGGGAUUUGCUUGUUUUAUUUUGAAUAGGGUUUUACGGUGUAUACCUGAUUGUCUUUGAUAUCUUCAGCUGCAAGUGCUGAGAUCACAGGUAUACACAACCACAAUCAGUACUUCUAACUGAAUCCUCAUCCAUUAUUUUUCAAAUAAUGUCUUUCAGUCCCAUUCAUUCUCUACUGGAAUCUGUUAUACUGAUAACCUGAUAUAUACUGAUAACCUGAUACUGCCAUUGAAGCUAGUUUUUUUUUCCCCCCAUGUUUUUUCUCUUUGAAUAUUUGGAUACUUUCUAUUGGUCUGGUUUUUAGUUCACUGAUUUUUCUGCUAGGCUCUUUAGUGAAGCUCAUGUGUAUGGGUGUGUAAGUCUUCAUGUGCAUGCAGUGCCACAGGAGGCCAGAAGAGAGUGGAUCUUCCAGUACUUGUGAGCCACCAUGUGGGUACUGUGAAUCAAACUUGGUUUUUCUGGACUCUAGAGAAGCUAUCUCUCUAGUUCAAGUGUCUUCUAGGAUUUUCAUGGCUUCCAGUUUACAAAGCCCUUUGUCAUUUAAAUUCUUUUCUUGCAAAUUCCUAAACAUCUACAGUGAUUGAAGUCAUUUGUAAAUUUUUAUGUGCAUUGGCCUAUUUGUAUGUGUGUGUGAGGGAGUCAGAUCCACCAUGUUACAAACAGUUGUGAGCUGCCAUGUGGGUGCUGGGAAAUGAACCUGUGUCCCCUUGGAGGAGUAGCCAAUGCCCUUAACUGCUGAGCCACCCCUUAUUUGUAAUUUUAAUAUGAGUUGUGGUUAAAUACUUGUUUGGAUUAUG